AAUCGAGUUCAACUCUGUGCGCAUUUGUCAAAUUUGUCGAAACAAGGUUGUUCAUCUAAAAAAUUCGAAACUUUUAAACACAUAUUGCUUCUUGAUUUAAAAAUUAGGGGAUAUUCGAAACGACUGAACUUUAGUAAUAUGAGAACUCCGACACAGCGUAGGAAGGGCCAAAAUGAUAUCCAACUAGCACGGGGACGUUUCAGAAAUGUAUUAAACGAUGCAUUGGGAGGUUCUGAUGAUGAUGGAGACGCCACUGAAGAAGAUUUGCCACAUCGUGGACGACCGCCAAAGAACCUAAACAAUUUGCAAAGGGAAAUGUUAUCACCGCGUAGCUCUCGCAAUAGCAGUUUGUCACCAGGAAAAUACUUAACUCCAACGAAACGUCGAAAGCGCGAGGAGCAAACUUCUGGUGGUAUAGGCGAGGAAAAUGUUGGAACAUCUACUCAACUGACUCAAAAAAUACAAGCAGAGAGUUUCGUUAUGAAGUUGUUCGAUCGUAGUCUUGAUCUCUCAAAGUAUACGGAACAAACCGCUUUAUAUCCUAUUUGUCGCGCCUGGAUGUCCAACCAACCACGAAACCCAAAUAUUCGUAGCUAUCGUGACAAAAGAUCACCAUCACCAGUUGAACGGGAUAAUAAUGCGUCUGAAAUGCUCGAAAAGUUAAAAAGUAGUGAAAUUCGAGAAGUGAGGGCCAUGCCGGCAUCACAACCCACUAAUUUUCCAAAAAUACCUAUAUUGAAUCGCAAAAUACCGAGCACAGAGGAAAUAGACGCUGAAAUUUUGGGUAAAGAUGGAUUAGAGUUAAAUACUAGCAAAGAUGAUCUACUAGGGAUACAUUUGAAUAAAUGGAGAGAACUCAAAUCGGAUUGGCUGAAGCAGAACAGAAAUUAUCAGAAGCGUUAUGAAACAAAUUAUUUAAUCUUACAAGAACUAUUUAAGCCUUAGAUGUGCCAAUACAACUUUGAUUUACUUGACUGUUUA